CGCGGCCGAAGAUGGCGACGGCGUGAGGCCGGCGGCCCAUGGCGCCCGGCGGCGGGCGGCAGCAGGGGCAGCCGCGGGGCCGGCGGAAAGCGGCGUGAGGCGGCGGGAGCCGAAGCGGCGCCGGGAGCGGAGCCGGGAGCGGGGCCGGCAGCGGGGCCGGCAGCGGGGCAUGCCCCCGCGGCGAGCCCGGCCGCCGGUGCCGGUGCGGAGCGGCGCCGCCUCCCCCCGCCGCAGCAUGGCGCGGCCGGCGGGCCGGGGGCCGGGGCUGGGCCGGCGGUGGUGGCGGCGGCGGCGGGGGGGAGAGGCGGAGGAGGAGGCGGCGGCGGCGGCGGCACCGGCCUCGCGGCCGGCCCUCGGCGCCCCUCGGCGUCCCCCCGGCCCGCCGGGCGCCGCCGCCGCCUCGCCAUGAUCCGCGGCGCCUGGCUGUCCCCCCGGGGGGGCGGCGGGGCCGUGUGCUGCGCCCCCCGCCGCAGCGACAAGCCGGCGGCCGACCCGGAGCGGGCGCAGAAAUGGCGCCUGUCGCUGGCCUCGCUGCUCUUCUUCACCGUGCUCCUCUCCGACCACCUCUGGCUCUGCGCCGCCGCCGCCAAGCUGCGCGCCCGGGAGCGGAGCGGCGCCGGGAGGCCGCGGGGCCGCGGGCCCAGGGCGCUGGGGGAGGCGGAGGACGGCGGGGCCGGGGGGGGCUGCGAGGCCUUCGUGGGCAACCUCAGCCGGCCCCCCGCGGCCCCCGGGCCUUGCCCCGCUCCCCGCGGCGACCUGGACUCGGCCUGCGCUCGCCUGGGCUCGCUGCAGCGCCUGCUGGGCUCGUUCGCCGGCGGGCAGCUGGCGGGCACGGCCCCGGCGCCCAGGAGCUUGCUGCAGGCGUAUUUUGGGAACUUGAACCUCUCCUUCUGCGAUAGCUACACGAUCUGGGACCUGCUGCGCGAGAUGGCCGGCCCCGACAGCCUGGACUGCAGCCUGGACAACCUGAUGCUGGACCUGGUGGCGGCGGCGGCGGCCGGGGCGCUGGGCGGGGAGGCGUGCAGCAGCUGCGUCCAGGCGUACCAGCGGCUGGACCAACACGCUCAGGAAAAAUACGAGGAGUUCGACCUCUUGCUGGAGAAAUACCUGCAGUCGGACGAGUACUCGGUCAGAUCCUGCGUGAGGGACUGCAAGGCCUCUAACGCAGGCAAACAGGCCCAAAAACCCAGUGGAGGAGGCGGAGGUGGGAGAAGGGGACGAGGCACGCGAGCUGCUCACAGCCCCGGAGCUCCUGGCAGCAGGAGGACGCGGUGCUGGGGGCUCACAGCCCUCCUGCGCCCGUGCCGGGUGGAGCCACGCUCCCUGUGCUGCCCAAACCCAGGGGCUGGCAGCGCUUGGGGACGGGAGCAGAGUCCUGGGACAGGGCUCAGGCAGGGCAGGGCAAGCAGGCUCGAAGGCAGAGCCUCCAAACACGACACCGUGAGGCCAUCACCGCUGCCUCUGGCCUGCGGAGAGGAGCUCUGCGCGGCGCUGGGGACAGCAUUAACCCAGGCUGUAGGGGCAGCGGUGACCUGAGAUGAACCAAGGAGCUGCAGCCCCCUCCCCGGGGGCACGGCGGGCACGCAGCCCUUUUGCAGCCCUUUUAUCCCUUUGCCCCCAGGGCUGGCGAGCUGGGAUCUGCCUCCCCCGGCACCCCCGGCACCCCCAGCCCCGGUGGGUCGCCCUGGGGGUGCCCCCCGAUCUGCCCAAGUGCCAGCACUCCUCCAGCAGCCGUCCCCGUGCCCUGCUGUGCCCAGCGGAGGGGAGAGCUCGGAGCAGCACGGUGUUAGCAGCAGAGCAGGCACUCGGGGAGCACUUCGUGUUCCUACAGCUGCGGGGCUGCCUUCCCCAGCACCACACGGACCAAACCUCAGCCCGGUUCCGUCUCUUCCCAAAAGCGAGCAGCGUAGCUGUGCCCCCAGCCCCGCGGCUCCCCACGGCCACCCGGCUCGCCCCUGCCACCUCCCUCCGCACGCAGCCUCCGGGAAGCAUGAUGGCUCCGUAAUUAAACCUGCUUCCCUCUCCCGGAGCCGUGUGGUGGAGAGGCAGCGCCGUGCCUCGCAGCCAGGCGCUCUCCUCGUGCGCCGCCCCGAGAGGGCUGCCUGCAGAGCGUCCCCUGCUCCCCGUGCAGGGCUCGGGCGCUGCUUUAACGGGGGAGUUUGGAGGGGUGCGUGGGCAGCUCGGGGCCGUGCUCUCCCCCCGGCACGGCGCUGGGGACACGGGGCCUGCCUUUCACCAAGGGCACGGCCGCGAGGUGCUGGCCCUGGCUCUCAGGACCGCGUUUCUGCACCCGCUCCCGCCCGGAACCGUUUUGGGAAAGGAGCUGGCGCUGGCGUGCUGGGCCGGCGCCAAGGCAGGUAAUUACAAUCUGCUCGCCCAAAUUCCCCCUGCGGUUUCGGAGGUACGUAGUAGCUGGCUGGCACCAAGCGCUUUGGUGCCGCCGCUCUGCUCCCGUGGCUGCAUCUGGGUGCUGAAUGAAGCAACCCGGCACCGGCGGGGGCUGAGCGUGCUGUGCGCCUCCCGUGCGUGCAGGCGGUGGCGACUGCUGGCCCCGGAUCUCGUGCUCUGGUGCCGGGUGGGCUCGGCAGAAAGCAGGAGGAGCUGGGAGGGAUGGAGCGGGCUCCAGGAAGGGUUCGUGGCCACCUGGGCCAGUGGCAGCCCUCGUGGGGGUCCCACGGGGUCAGGCUGAAGGCAACACCCACUGGUGGUGAGGGGAUGUCCCCGGAGAGCAGAGGAGGGAGAGGUUGGUGGUGGCUUUUCAGGAGAGCCCAAAUAGACAAGGUGGGUUUUGGGGCAGAGCUCCCCGCGCCCUCCAGCCCCCGCAUCCAUCCCCGCCGAGUCUGAGCUGCGUGACCCCAGCACAGAGACCUGCAGAGAGCAGCACACGGAGCAGAAAGUCCUCAGCUGGGCUCAGGGGACUCCGUGGCAGCCAGAAACAGAGCCCUGCGUGGAUGAGCCUUCCCCGGGUGCCCGUGGGCCGUGAGCAGCCGUGGUGGGAAGGCAGGAAACGAGCUGGGGAGCCGCGAAGCUGGAGCUGGCAGCUGCGAGGCGUGCGGCGCGGAUCCUGGCUCGCGCCCUUCUCACAUUCGCGGUUGCCUCCGUGGAGCAUCUGCGAGCGGCAGCGCCGCGGCUCCACAGGCGCCACUUGGGACGCAACAGGAGGCCGCCAGCAGCAGGCGACCCGCGAGGCAUUCCCCGGGGGCCCAAAUUCUCCGGCGUGGGCGCCCGAAUCUGCAGGCGUCGACCCCAGCGCUCGCUGCGGUGCCUGGUGGAAGCAGGGCGCUUGUUGGAGGCGAUUCCCUGCGUGCUGAGCUGCUUCGCUUUCAGCUCUCCACAGCUUUCUCCUCUCCUGUGACUUGAGGCCGCCAGCAGCCUGGCCCGGUGCUGUGGCCGUGAGCUUUUGGCCUCGUUUCCCCCCCCUUUUGGCCUCGUUUCCCCCCCUUUGGCCUGGUUUCCCCCAGCCUCCCGAGGCUUAGCGGGGGCUGCGCGGGAAGAGCCGGCCACGGGAGCUUUAAAGCGCCCUGGGUUUGUGAUUCCUUCCCAAACGCUGAACAACGCUGCACGUUCUGCCCUGUGGUGCUGUGUGCUCGGUGAGGUUUGGUGGCAAAACUGUGGCCGAAUAUCCCGGGGGAAGCCCAGGACACGGGCACGCAACCAGCGGGCUCCAUGCAUGCGUGAUGCAGCGUGGCAGGAGAUCCCGAUCCCUCCAAAUUGCUGCCCCGCCUGGUGCUCGGGGCUGGUUUUCUCCUCCUUUUCCCCCCUCUUCCCGAAUUGACGAAGCCCAGCGUCGCCUGCAGCUCGGCUGCCACGCAGUCAGGGCUUUGUGGCUUUAAAGCCGGAGGCUCUGUGCUUGUGCUGCCUCCCUCAGCCCACAGCCGCUGCGCAGAGCGCUCCUGGAAGCGCAGCCCCGGCCUUACCCGGGCAAAUAAAGAUCUAUGGGACCACGGCUGGUGAAUUAAGGCCUCAUUAGGCUGCGGGAAACAAAGCAGCGGGGAGAGAAGGGCUGACAGGCGGGAGCUGCAGGAGCUGGGCUGGGAAGGGCAGGCUGGACAGGACCUGGAGCGGCUCAGCCCUGAUUAGAUUACCAGGGCUCCUCUGUGUGCUCGGGCCGGCGGCUGUUGCAUCGCGCUGCGGCCCUGCCUGGAGCUCCUUCCCCACCCUGAUUUCCCCGUUACCCAUAUCAGGGACCCCUUUGGGUGCGUGGCAAGGCAGGAUUUUGCUCCCCAGGAUUUUGGGCAGCGCUGGUGGGAGGCAGAGGCUGGUCCCCCGUACAGGGCAGCGGCAGCAAGCUCGGCUUUUAGGUCUCAGUGUUGCCCAGUGAAAUUCCCAGUGGAUUUUGGUUCCUGGGUGGGUUUCCCAGCACAAGGCUGCCACAGAGCCCAUCACCACUGCGCCGUGCCGCCCUGCCACGGGGCAGGCUCUCCCUGCAUCCACAGGGAUGGCAAGGAUGGUCUGAAAACCACCAGGAAAGCAGCGUGCCUUCACCCCAAAAAAGAUCCAAGAUGGGCACCGGCGUCUGGAAGGAGGACAGGAAAGCCGAGAAGGGAAGGAGCUGUUGUCCCGUGCAGCUGGUGGGCACGGCACACUGCGUUUUCGGGAGCCUGUAUUUAUGGUGACCUGGCGAGGCGGCCUCGCUGCCAGCAGGCAGGGCGCAGCGCGGUGCCCGGGGGGCCCGGAUCGGGGACGGCUCGUGAGGCUGCUGCCCUACGAGGAGGUGAUGUGCGAUGUGUGCUGACCCCGCGGGCAUAAAGGACCCUGGCAGCAUCACCUCGGAGCUCCUGUCCUCGUCUGCGGGGUCGCCACGCAGCCCGGAGCCGCUCCGGCACCCCAAGGUGCUGCACCCACCCCGUGCCUCUGAAGCACCCCGCAGCCAAGCAGGCUUCUCCUGCGGCCCCAAAGGCAGCGGGGGCGCCUCGUGGCGAUGCCCCGCGGGGUUUUCCCUCUGCUGGCAGCGGGCAGGAUGCACCUGGGCUGCCGGGGGCUGUUCCUGCCGUCAGCGGGAGGCAUUAGGAUGCGGCUCAUGCCUGGCUCUGCACAGAGGAGGCCGGGCUCCGCUGUCGUUUGAAGGGCAAUGACUCAGGGACAGCAAAUCCAUGAAUGAGGCACAGAGGCUGCCCGGGGGAGCAGGAGCCAGCUGGCCACACGGUGCAGGGUGGGCAGGGGGCACGGUGCUGGCUGAGGCCCCCAGCAGAGCAACUCCUUCCCGAGCCCGGCCCCGCUCUCCUUCCUCAUCACUUUUUGGCUUUUACUUCUCCAAAUUCUGGUGUGAGCACGGAUGGCAAAAGGCAGCGUGAAGGCACCACCUGGCAAGGCUUUGGUGUGCCAGCGCCCUGCCCCGGCGAGCUCCCGGUGCUGGCUGGAGAAGGAGGAGCUGCCCCUGCUCAUCCCCUCAGGGUGGAGAGGUUUGGCACCUCGGCUGGCAUCUCAUCUCUGCAGGGCAGCUGCCCCUGCCUGGGUAGAGCCUUGCCAGAGGCUGUGCGGGCUGUAGCCUGCAGGCGAUGUGCAAAGUUUUGGCAAAAAGUUUCUCUUUCCUUUGGAAACGCUCCGGAUUUCAAAGCCCGAGCCCCUGGCAUCACACAGAGACCCCCACCAGCCACCAGCGGCUGCUGCCCUGGAUCCCACCGGGGCUGGGGAGAUGUUGUGGGCUCUUCAGGGCACACACCAUCCCCUCGGGGCUGCUGGCAGGGUCUUCUCUGCGGUGGGUUUUGCUCAUUUCUUGCCCCUCUUCUCACCUCCCCUGGGCUCCUUCUGUUGUUUCGGGGUCCCUCCCGGAGCUCACUGCGCCUCCGUGCCUGGCAGUGUCAGCAGAUGCAAUUAACGGGGCCGCUCAGUGAUUACGAAGUCGUUUGGGCUGAUUUUGGCCUUGGUGGCACCUGGCUGGGCUCCCGAUUCCCCCCAGAGACACGGCGUGAGGCUGAGGUGUCUCCUUGAACCCUGCCUGGUGCUGCGCGCCCUGCUCCGCCGUGCCCUCGCAGCAGAGCCCCCGCAGUGCUGGAGAAACUUCUUCAGGCUCCAGCUGUGGGUAAUUGAUGGCUUGUGGCACUGAAGUGUCUCGCCUUUAUUUUUUUAUAUCCCUUCUAAUGUAACAGGAUGUUCUCAUUAGCCCCAUCAAUGUUUAAUCUGCUUUGGAGCCCUGGCUGCAGCCGUAUCUGACGGGGGUGAAUUCCUCCAGCGCCUCUGAUGGAUCGCGGGCACCUGAUGGCUGCGUCUGCCCCGGCUCUGUCGGAACCGUCUGCGUCCUCCUGGCCGCCUUUAAUCCCUUUUUACUCGGCUUUCAUCACUUUUUACUCGGUUUUAAUCACUUUUUACUCAGCUUUCGUCCCUUUUUAGCGGGGGGCUGGCAGGUGGCAGGGGGCUGCGCCUGCAGCUGGGGCUCUCCAAGUCCUGCCAGGAGGUGCCUGCUGCUGGUGGGCAGCUCCCAAACCCUCCCCGGGCUUCGUGCUUCAGCUCGGAGCCCCCAGGGGUUGUGCUCGGGGUGCUGCUCUUGGUUCUCCACACCCCGCAGGCUUCGCUUGCGUUGGACACGCCGCAGCCCCCGAUGGAGAGCAGCACUGGGGGCGCAUCCCCUCUCCCUGAGCACGUUUUCUCCUCGGGGCUGUUAUUUCUGCAUCCAAGCAGCAUUUUGGGUGUAGCUGCUUAGGGAAGCGCCGCUCUGGAGCCAGGUCCCAGCCACCAUUUGACUUGUGCUGCUCUUCCAGCUCUCGCCAUCCCCGGUGUGCCCCUCGCCAGGGCCAGGCAGGGCUCGGUGCCGUUUUUCACGGUCCUUGGGUUCCUCCUGCAGGCAGCACCGUGCCCCGGGAGCUGCUGGAGCCCCCCAGGCACUGCUCCGGGGUAGUCCCAUCGCUCAUCCAUGUCCUGUGGCUUCUCACUGCGCCCUGCGUGGGUGCUGGGAGCCGCUCAGGCUCUGAUUUUUGGGAUGGGACGGGUGCACCCGGACCAGGCGCUGGGCUGGGGACUACCUGCUGGGGUUCGGCACAUCGGGAUGGGGCAGUGCCGCUCCACCCGGGCAUCUCCCACCCCUCCAUCCCCCAAUUCAGCAUCACGCCCCUGCUGGGCUCACCCCCAGGCCACCAGGGUGCCCCUGCUGAGGGUGGCAGGGCCCCGGCUGCUCCCUGCCCGCCGGCCACGUCCCAUCCUGGCUGCCCCUUCCCACGCAUACCUUCACGCCGUGCCCUCCCGUCCAGCUGCGCUUUGUCCCCUCUCAAACCCGGCCAAAAACGCCUCUCCAAAAGCAGGGCAGAAAGCAGCGCCGGGGAUUUACAGCCGCCCCUCUUGCCCCGCCGGCUCUGCAUGGGAGCGCGGGCGCUUUGCUCUCGGGUCUGUGCGCACCAGAAGUUUCUCAGGACAGGGUCUGUCUGCUGCCCGUGUCGUGCAGCCUGUGGCACAAUGGGGCCCAGUCCUCGCCCGCUUCCAUAAGCAGCGGCCUCAAUGUGCAUUUUGUUUACGUUCAAUACAUUUUGUUUUACAGCAGCGCCUGCAGGCAGCCCACCAAGACUGGGGCCGCGUUGUACCAGACACUGUCCAAAGCGUGGGCUGUCGCUGCCAGAAGAAAAUCGCAGGGCAGAGAGGACAGAGCCAGGAUGUGGGGGGACUGAACACGCCGCCGACAUCACGUAGGCUGCGCCGGGGCUUGGCCUUUGUGCUCGGGGGGCUGGCGGGCAGAGCGCUCCCAGCCCUCACCAUCCCCGCUGGGAGGAGGGACGCGGCGCCCCCAAGGUGGCAUUUCAUUGUUAAACCAGCGUUUGGUGGGAAUUUGGGUGCUCUGAAGAGGCCGGGUGGGAUCAAACCCCUGCGGCAGCCGGCUGGGGUCUGCCCGAGCAGGGUGGCUGUGGGCACGCGGCCGGAUACUGGUGGCAGCGGGGUCAUCGUGGCAAAGCUAAACUGGGCAAACUGGGAGCUGUGGUGGGAGGGAAGGGGCCCAGGGUCCCUUCUGUCCCGCCCAGGGUGGUUUUUGGGGCUCCUCUCCCUGUGCCCAGCGGGGCAUCGUGUUUGUCCUGCGGGCAGCAGGUGCAGCUGUAUGGCCAGGGCCCUGUCCCCAAAACCCCGAGCUGUGCGCCCAGCAGCUUUCCCAGGGGAAACGUCCCACAUUUCCCCCUUGCCUGGCUGAAGGUUUGUGUGUGUGCGUGCACAGAGGUGUAGGAGCUCGUUCUCUGCAUUGCCAGCUCCAGGCAGCGAGCUGAACGUGCUGCAGGCAGGGCUGUGGGGUGUCUGAGUAGAUGAGGGGCAUGCGCUCGUGCCCUAAGGCUGCUUUCUGAGAAUUUUGGCAGAGGUGAGCUUAGGGAGCUGCUUGUGUCUCGGGCUUGCUUUCAGGGGGGUCUAUUUGUGAAGGAGAGGGUUCUCGGAUACCUUCCUCGUUCCCUUCUUCUGGGGGGUAAAACAAAGACCCUAAAACCAAGUUUCUUCAUGAAACCACUGAGGUCAGCAGCGUUGGGACUGGAUUUAGGAUGUCGCGGAGGAAGGCGGCCUCCAGCCAGGGGCACGGUAGGGAUGAGGAAGAGGAGGAGGAAGAGGAUGCCCCCACUGCCCUGCUGCUGCCCCCCUUCCCCCCCAGCACCCCCCGGGCACCCUAUUUCUGGCUGGUGGCCCCCAUGGCGAGGUCGGUGCCACCCUUAGGUGCUGGGCGAGGAGCCGGCCCCUGCUCGCCUUCCCCCUGUGAGACAGAGGGUGCCCGGCUCCAGCGCUGUCAUCACCAGGCACCAGGCAGCUUUAUAGAAAGGAAAAAAAAAAAAAAAGAAGUAAAAACACUGAAAAAAGGAGCGAUCGCACGCAGUUCUGCUGUGUUUUUUCCUCUUCCCCGCGCCCCAGAGGGGAGCAUGCGAAGGGGCAAGGCGGGGAGAGCGCAGCCAGGACCCGGCUCCAGAAAUACCCAAGUGACCGACGAACCAGCUGUUGCAGAUAGGAUGUUGGAACGGCACGGAGCAAGGCUCAUGAGAAAAAAAAUACGUUGCUCGUUCCAAAGCCCAGCACCAUUUAUGUCAGGGUUGCAGGCGGCUGUAAUUGAAUCCGACGGUAAUUGGGCGCUGCAGUUGUGUUUGUGACUCCUCCGGGCCGGCCAGCGCCGUUCGCGUUCCCUUAAUCCGCUGCCAUCCACGGGGGCUCUUCUCUCCCCCUUACGUGGCCUGCUUCCCUCGCCGCAUCCUGAUGUGCCAGAGCUUGGAGAGGUGCCCGAGCGGCUCAUUAGCGGUGCUCAUUUCCCUGCGUCCGAGAUUAAUGAGGCGCAGCCCCUCCAGAUGCUCAUCCCAGGCCACGCUGGAGAGGCUCUGCUGCCAGCUCGGGGUGCUGGGCGCCGGGUCCCCGGUGACCCCGUGAGUGUGCACGGCCACGCAGCUGUCACCGGGUCAAGGAGGAGGACGAGGAAGAGGAGGAGGAGGAGGAGGAGGAGAGGAGUCGUGAGCGCAGCACCGAGCAGCUCCCAGGGCACAGCCACCCCAGCACGCUCCUGGAUGGCUCUGCAGAGCCGCCCCUGAGGCUUUCUCCACACAGCCCAAUAUUACUGCAAUUAAGCGCAGCCCUGGGAAGCUUUGCCAAGCUCUAAACCCGACGCUGGGUUUCUCAAAGCAUCCAAUUUCCCUGCACCUGGCGUAACCACUGAUUACGGCCCCUCCGUGGCUCCCUGUCCCUCGCCACCCCUCGGCUCGCUGGGCAGCGUGUGCCGGCUGCUCCCUGCCCGCCCAGGCGGGGAGAGCUUUGUUGCUUUGUUGCUUUGUUGUUUUGUUGCUUUUUUGCUUUGGAGCAUCUUUUUGAUGCUCCUCCAUCCCUGCCCUGCGCCUCCCGGAGGGUGCUUCAGACGGUGCCGGUGUCUACAAGGUGCUGGCAUCACCACCAGCAGAAUUAUUUCAAAGAAAAAAGCAGGACGUGGUUCUGUGCAGACAUCCCGAGGACACAGAAAGACUCUGGGGAAGGUUUUUAGGGACCUCUUUAGGACUUCUGGGGAAGGUUUUUUUUCGGUUGUGUUCACAUGGCCCGGCUGGGGAGUCUGAUCCUGUGAUUCCCAGAGCAGCCAAACCCCGAAGCAGAAAGGAGGAAACGCCCACCAAAAGGCAGCUUAAUUCCUACAGAAACGGUAAAGAGCGAGGAGGAGACACGGGCGAGCUUUCCGCGGUGAGUCAGGCAGCGAGUAAAUCUCCUCCUGCCCUCAAUCCUCAGGCGUCCCCUGCAAGAGCAGGAGGAAGCUGCGGGGGACGAGCGGCGAGGGGAGGCGCAGGACGGAGGGGCUGCGAGGGGGCUGCGGGCACGGCGAGACCCUGCUGGUUGGGAAGUCCACAAAGUGCUGCUCCCCAGGCCCUGGAGAAGGGGAUUUGGGAAAAGGAGGAGGCAGCGGGGUCGGGGAAGCGAUCACCCCGGGCUCCCUGCCCAGCUCCCCUCCUCCUCGGCCCCAGGGAAUGAGCUCAGCAGAGGCAGAUCCAGAACUGGAGCUCCAGGCUCUCCCUCCUGGCCGUGUCCUCGCAGUCUGGUUCCAGAGCCAGGCCUUCAUCUGGAGCUGUUCCACUCAGCCUGAAUAAUUAAUAUCCAGAGAGAAAAAGCAGGGCUGAGGCUGCAGCUCCCACAGCCCAGCCGAAAGCCGUGGCCACGGGGCUGCUGACUGCCCGGCCCCCGUUCAACUUUUUCUGAUGAAAAUUUCACCAAAACAACGCUUCCGUGGGAAUGCUGGGGUCUGUGAACGGGCAUUUUCCAGGGGA